AUGUCGAAUGGAUUAUACCUUGAGGCGCAAUCUAUAUUGAAUCAGAUGAUAGAAAGAUUUGAAGAAAAAUUUAGUCUCAAGGUGCUACCGGAGCCUCUGUUGAUAGGUCCUGUCGUCGCGUCUCAAUUAUUCAUGGAGGAGAUUAAAACCAAAGCAGCCUCGAACACUUCUAUUUCAGAUUUGGGCCCGUUUCCUCCAGAGAAUACACACUCCCCACCCAAAGAUGCGACGAACUUCAUUAUAACCGAAGAUGCAACUGCAAUUUCUGAAAGUAUCACUGAGGUAACAGUAGCGGCGUCGUCGACAACUACAACUACGACUACGACAACUAAGACUAUGACGAAUACGAAGACUAAUAAACCGGUAAAGCAAUUCUCAGCUCUAACUCUAACACGCCUCGAAAAAAUAUGA